AUUUUACGCGUGCGCAAUGGAGGGGAGCAUAGUAAACUCACUCAAUGAAAGAAAAUAAUCAGUAGGCAUUUUGUCGAUAGUGUAUAUUCGUUGCAGCGGGUCGUACGUAAAGAUUUGCGAAAAUUCAUAAUCGCGGAACCGCCUACGCCCGGUUUAAAAAUACGUUUUGUGUUAGUGCAUAGUGACUGGAUUUUGUGAAAAUGUCCAACGCACCAGUGAAAAAAGUCCCCAUACACUUACAGAGCUCCCAAAAUCGUCUGCUCAUCAAAAAUGGGAGGGUUGUCAACGAUGAUGGAAUGGAAGAUCUGGACGUCUAUAUUGAAGAUGGCGUCAUCAAACAAAUCGGCCGCAACCUCAUCAUCCCUGGAGGUACCAGGACCAUCGAUGCUACCGGCAAGCUGGUGAUGCCAGGAGGUAUCGACCCUCACACGCACUUCGAACUCGAGAUGAUGGGCGCCAAGUCUGCUGAUGACUUCUACAAGGGGACUAGGGCGGCGAUCGCUGGUGGAACAACGUGUGUCAUUGACUUUGUGCUGCCCCAGAAGGGCCAGUCUUUGCUGGAGGCGUACAAUAACUGGAGGGAGAAAGCUGACAAUAAGGUAUGCUGUGACUACGCUCUCCACGUAGGAGUGACCUGGUGGUCUCCCGCCGUCAAGAAGGAGAUGCAGCAGUUGACUUCAGAGCAGUACGGAGUCAACUCCUUCAAGAUGUUCAUGGCAUAUAAGGACGCGUGGAUGCUGGAUGACUAUGACCUGUAUUGUGCUAUGGAAGCCUGUGCUGAACUUAGGGCUUUGCCCCAGGUCCAUGCGGAAAACGGUCACAUAAUCGCCCGUAACACUGAGAAGUUACUUGCCAAGGGUCUGACGGGUCCCGAGGGUCACCAGCUGUCGCGAGAUGAGGAGGUGGAAGGGGAGGCUGUCAACAGGGCCUGUGUUAUCGCUAACCAGGCGAACUGUCCUCUAUACAUCGUUCACAUGAUGUCGAAGAGCGCAGUCCGCUACCUGCAGCUGGCGCGCGGGAAGCAACGACAAGCACUCUUCGGAGAAACCCUCGCUGCUACCGUCGGGACUGAUGGCAGCCACUACCGCAACGCAUGCUUCCGUCACGCGGCGGCGCACGUGCUGUCGCCGCCGCUGCGCCCCGACCCCGACACACCCAGGGCUAUGUGCGAGGCGCUUGCUGACGACCACCUGCAGCUGAUAGGCAGCGACAACUGCACCUUCCAUGAGAAAGACAAGGAGCUUGGCAAGGAUAACUUUGCUAAAAUCCCCAACGGAGUCAACGGCGUGGAGGACCGCAUGGCUGUCUUGUGGCAGAAUGCUGUUAACACUGGUAUUAUGGACCCAUGCCGCUUCGUAGCGGUAACCAGCUCCAAUGCUGCCAAGAUCUUCAACAUCUGGCCACAAAAGGGACGCGUGGCACUCAACAGUGAUGCUGACAUCGUCAUCUGGGACCCCAAGCUUGAGAGAACCAUCUCUGCUGCUACACAUAAGCAGGCUGUUAACUUUAAUAUUUUUGAGGGCCAACACGUUGUGGGCAGCCCUCAGUAUGUGAUCGUGAAUGGUCGCGUGUGUCUCGACGACGGAGAACUUAGAGUUGUUGAAGGUUUCGGCAAAUUCCUGAAGACUCCGGUAGACGCUCCCAUCGUGUACGGCGAGAUGAACAACCACCACGAGGAAGUGCAGCACAGACCUGAAUACCUGGACACACCCACUCGAGUCACUAACGGCACUCCUUCCCCGGACCUUAAGAUCAUGUCGUAUAGUUGCUGCCCGACCUGGAAUACUGCAAGGCCACAAGACCUAGGGCAGCUGACGAAGAGCGUAGAGAGCGUGUCGGUGUCGGGCUGCAGCACCCCCACGGGCCGCAAGAUGCGCGAGCCGGGACAGAGGAACCUGCAGACAUCCACCUUCUCCAUCAGCAAAGAGACAGAGGGUCUGGACACGAAGACGUCAGUUCGCGUGCGGAACCCCCCCGGCGGCAAGUCCUCCGGCCUCUGCUCGCCUACGGGACUCAAGCAGCGCGAUCCGGGGCAGAGAAACAUGCACACUUCUACUUUCUCUAUUAGCAAAGAGACGGAGGGUCGGGACACGAGGACAUUAGUACACUUGAAGUACCCUCCCGGAGGAAAGUGCUCUGAAUUCUGGUAGACAGACCAUCUUUUCACGUUAUUUUGUCAGUGAAAAGUGGUACAUACUAUACCUACUGCUAAAUUAGUUAGGGGAACCCGUUAGGCAAAUGCUUGAACGUUAGGAAAAGAUAGUGAAUUGUGUAAAUAAAUUAAUUUGAUCUUUGCUUAUGUUUAUACAAUUCAAUUUUUUGGCACAAAGCACGGCACGCUAAUAAAGUUGAAAGGAUAAAGCAUUACUUUUUUGUAACUCAAAUAUUUAAAAUAAUGUAGCAAUUGGCUAAAAUUGUAGGUGCGUACCUAUAAUCUUGUUUAUUCAGGUUAAUAAUUAUUAAAUUACGUGUAUAACUGAUUAUUUGUUUAAAUUUUCAAUGUUAACUGGUUAUAAUUAUAUUAUUAUAAGUUUUUAUAUUAAUGUUUUAGAAACUAUAAUCAUUUACAAUAGUUAGUUUUAGUAACCCCAAAUGAAUAGACUUCCAAAUCUCCUAUUGCUAAAAUGGGCCAAAAAUGUUCGUUUUUUAACAAAGUGCAUUUAUAAAUAAUCUGUUAAUUCAUUUGCAUUCGAAUUAUUUGUCAAUUUCUUAAUCUUAGAUUGUAUUGAGAUGUCAAUGCAUAUGUUAAGAUUUUAUGUUUUCUUAAAUAUAACUUUAAGUUAUUAACUGAUUUAAUUUUGUAAGGUAAAUCAAAAUAUACUAGUAAGCCUCAGUUAGAUUUUUAAUACGGUUCAUUACAGCAUUUAACUCAAACUUUUAAAAAGUUAAACUAAUGCUUACAUUUCAAAUACUUAUCAACCACCUUCACUUUAUACAUUGAAACUAAUUAUUUAAAUUUUAAGACCUUUUUAAACCUUAAAAUUGCUGUCAUUAGUCAUAAUUAAAAUAACAAUCAUUUAAGUAAGUCAAAAGCGAAUGUUUACUGUACUUCGUGUUGUCUAUGUGGAACAUAAAUAUAAAAUAAUACAUAAACUAGAUAUAGGACAAAAUGUUUUGUAAACCACUGUUUUGUAACUCACCUAUGUACUGGCUGUUUUAUUUAGUAUUGAAGUCGAAAAUGUUAAAAUAUAUCACUUUAGCUAUGAUCAUACAAUUAUGAUUCGAAAUUAAAGUGAAUCCAUUUCAACUAAUUAUAAUAUCUUCGCAAACAUAGAGUUGUGGGUUUGAUUCUCAAAUGAAGUAGGUACCUACGAUUGUAAAAGUGUAUUUUCGUCUUCAGUAUUUCAAUCUACAUAAAUAAAACUGGGAUGUAAUUGGUCAGUAUAGGGGCCAAAUAUCGUAAGAUCAGUACAAAACCUUUUAAUUCUUUUAUCUCUCCGUAUAGAACUAGUCUUUGCAACGGCGUCACAAUUUUUAUAGCAUUUUACAUUAUUUCUAAAUGUAUAUUCUCUAUUAUGCAUUGUCACGAAUAAACAAUGUAAUCUCA